CGACGCGCUAUCUAACGGUGAUUUCGUGCACUGCGACUCGCGUACGGGCAGCGAGAGAUCGAAAAAUGGCCGUCCCACUGGCAUUUGACGGGAACUUUUACGGCAGCCGCGGACACCACCUGGUCGCGACGAGAGAGUGAUCCGGGCUACGGCGAUCUCCGGGAGCGCCGCGCGAACGACACGGCGGUGCCAGAGGAGAAUGAUGGCGAGGGAGAUGUGAAGAGAGAGAUAGAGAGAGAGAGAGAAAGAAAAGAAAGAAAGAAAAAGAGAGAGAGAGCGAAGUGUGCGCGUUGUGCGAGGGGAGAGUCCGCCGAGAGUACGUCGCGCGGUGUGUAGCCCGCCGCCGUUAGCACCAGCUAGCAGACGACAUUGCCUGCGAAUCACUCCGAGGGUUUGGUGUUGAGGAAUGUAGGCGACGAAAGCACGGAUCAAAAUAAUAACAUAACUAUGACGAGCGAGGAUCUAUUACAGCCCGGCCAUGUGGUCAAGGAACGCUGGAAAGUCGUGAGGAAAAUUGGUGGCGGUGGAUUCGGCGAAAUUUACGAGGGUCUCGAUCUAAUGACGAAGGAGCAGGUCGCGCUAAAAGUGGAGUCCGCACGGCAGCCCAAGCAGGUCCUAAAAAUGGAAGUAGCUGUAUUAAAAAAAUUACAGGGUAAAGACCAUGUUUGCCGCUUUAUCGGCUGUGGGCGUAAUGAUCGGUUUAACUAUGUCGUAAUGCAAUUACAAGGGAAGAAUCUAGCUGAAUUGCGUAGAGCCCAACCGAGGGGUGCUUUCUCGCUCUCCACUACGCUGCGCCUUGGUCUCCAAAUAUUAAAAGCUAUAGAAAGUAUUCAUCAAGUGGGCUUUCUGCAUAGGGACAUUAAACCUUCAAACUUUUCGAUUGGUCGGCACCCGUACAACGCCAGAUUAGUAUACAUGUUAGAUUUCGGUCUAGCACGACAAUUCACGACCGGUACGGGAGAAGUUCGACCGCCCCGUGCUGCCGCGGGAUUUAGAGGAACCGUCCGAUAUGCAUCAGUCAAUGCACACAAAAAUAAGGAAAUGGGUCGGCACGACGACUUGUGGUCGUUAUUUUAUAUGCUAGUAGAAUUCGUUAAUGGACAACUGCCAUGGCGAAAGAUAAAAGAUAAGGAACAAGUGGGUCUCAUGAAGGAGAAAUACGAUCAUCGAUUACUUCUGAAACACCUUCCAUCUGAUCUACGUGUCUUUUUAGAGCAUAUCCAGAGUUUGGAGUAUGCAGAUAAGCCGGAUUACGGUAUGUUGGCCGGUCUGUUUGAACGAUGUAUGAAACGUAGAGGUGUAAAGGCGAACGAUCCCUACGAUUGGGAGAGGCCGUUAAUAGCUAAUGAAGGUUUAUCAACUACUAGAUCAUUACCUACAGUAGCUGUGCCACCGGCGCUUACCACAGCUACUACUAUCAAUCAGCCUUCAGCAACUAUGCCAAAUGUGGACACCAACAAUCAAGAGAACGUAGAGCCGGACAACAGGAAGGAGUUGGAUGCCCAGCUGGAUUAUGAAAGUAUAUAUAGAAGAAAUAGACAACGUCCAAUAGAGGGGUCGCCGGUGCCAUUGUUCACAGCGGCUAUCAGCAAUCACGGUAGGGACAAAAAUUGCAACGCCACGAUACCAACAACCGAUAACACGCAUCAGCAGGUCGCACAGCAGGCUGUGCCGCCUCCGCCAGCCCAAGGAUCUCCGAAAAAACGACGCGCCGUCUCGAUGGCGGUAGAAUCUCAAGUUCCUGCGCCGGUAGAAAAGCAGGUAGAUAACGAAGGGGACGCGUUGAUGGCUUCCGCCCGUUCGGCAUCCGAAGUUCCUCGCCUUAAAAUGGUGGCAAAUGCAGCGGCACCACUCAGGAAGUCAGCAAGUGGCGCUACAUUUGCCCGUUUGCGUGUUGCAGCUACGCCCGAGGGAACGUCUGGUGAAUUGCCAAGCCCUCGCAUACAGACGGAAGUGGACGCUUCUUAUUGCUCUUACGACGUAACCAAUACGAAAUACGUCGGCAACCAAAGUCCAGUGACCGAGCAACGGGAACCUCUCCGGAGAGAGCCGAGGAGAAGAGCGGAUAGCCGGCAACAAGUAAGAGGCGGGCGUUCGGCGGUACGCGAUUGUUCGAUUACGCAAUUUGCGCAAAUAGAUGAUGACAACGUGUCCGCACUGCAGCAAGUGACGAAAGGCGGUGGUGGCUUGACCCUGGCCUCGCAGUGGAAGUCGCAGUUCGAUGACUCCGAGGAGACUGACAACGAGUGGAAGGGCGAAAAUCUGCAGAGUCCUGAGCACAAAGGGAUCAACGUCCCGUCCGUGCCGGCGCAGGCCGCAGCCGCCAACGAGGCCACGACCACUCCGGUGGCUGCGAACGCGGAUGCGAAACCCACUCAGCUGAGUUCCUCGAAUACGUCAAAUCAACAACAACCACCACCACCGCAUCAUCAUCAACAACAACAGUCUGUAAUCCACACGACGGCAUUGUCCCGAAUAAGCGAAGACUCCCCGAGGCCGACGGCGCCGCAUAGAUGCUUGAACAUCGCGGGCAUUGAAAAGUAUCCGGAGCUGCAAGGAGCACUUCCACGCGCCUGGAGCGUUCCAGCGUUGGCGCCGCACGUGCGACCUCAUCUGGAGGCUCCGUUGGUUCAGCAAGCGGCAUUCGACGAUUUACUGUACGAGGUUGACGUAAUGAGGAACGUCGCGACCCGUUACGACGAACCGAGGCAAACUCCGCCGGUGAGAAGGUCCAGCUUACCGGCGGACGUCUUCCUUCCCGACGCGAAGUUUAACACACCGAGAGGUGAGGAGGAGGAAGAGGCAGUAGCGGGAAGACUGGAGAUCAGAGUGGUAGAUGCGACUGGUGGUGCUACGAUUGUACAGACCAGUGCCGAUAGGGAACCACUGCAAAAGAAGUUAGCGAACGGUACGGCAGGUAGUCCGGCUAGUCCCAAUCCGGGACCGGAGGAGCCAUCGAUAUAUUACGACGCUACCGAGAAUCGGCCAACUGCAAACGUUGCUUUGCAAAAGGAGAGUAGCAUCACUACUGCCUCGACCACUGUACAAAACGUAGUACCACAUCGUGAUAAUAAGGACAAUAAGGAGAAGGAAACAUCUUGUAGGACAUACAUCGCUCAUAGUAAAAUACCGAUUCCCGUGAAGAGCCCAAGAUGCUCGUUAUCCGAGUCGACGCCCGAAACUAACACUCCGAAUAUCAAGGCGGGAACUGGGAGCGAAAUAGAAAAAUUGCCGGCGCCCGCGGCUGCAACUAAGGAAAAAGAUACUACUGUCAGAGGUAAACCAUUGACAGUACACGUGGAAGCGCCAGCACAUUACCGUCGCAUGCCAUUAUCUGACGCUAGACCAAUCAUGUCACCUUUAACUUCAGCCAGUUCUGCGGAAGAUGAAAAUUUAACCGGAUGUACGCCCGCUUUGCGCCGCCGAAGACAAAGUGAAAAGUAUGUGACAGACGCUAGUCAGCUCAAUCUGCAGUUCCAAAGACCGCAACACAGAACGAGACCGCAAUCCGAAGUAUUGCCGAGGCUCUCUCCCCGAGGUGUACCCUCGCAUCUUCUACGGGAGCCAGGUAAAAAGUCCGAGGAGAGCAGUGAGAGUGAUUCUAACAGUAGUGGACCACCAAGAUCCGCACGUCAACCGCCACCGCCGCCUACAUCAUUGCCACCUCAUAUAGCAGAGAAUAACGCUAGAUGCCGCCGUUAUUGGCCCAUACCGGAUGCGACGGUCGUUAGCAGAGAAUCGUGAGAUUUGGUGUUCAGAAUGACAAAUAGUCUCAGUUUGUGUUAGGAACGAGGGAGAAGGCUUUACUGCUCAACCAACUGAGAGUAUGUGAUAUCAUUUUGGGGCAGCGAAAACACGCAAUCUUUCUAUUCAAUCAAUACACGCCGUCGGAUACGCGGAAAUUUUCAACGAGAGAGUGCAUAUCUGUGUACCUACGAGAAAGCAGAGAGCUAGUAACUGUUCGUUUAAUGCGCGAGAAUGUAGCUGUCUGUGAGUGCGUAUUCGAGUAAUGCCGCUUUAAUUAACUGCUGAAAUUUCUCUUGAGCGAAUUCUUCGGGGAAGAGCAACGCCUUUCCGAUCACGUCCGGGACAUGAGACGCUCAACAAAUUUCAAUAAAUUACACAAAAGCGUACGUAACGUUGCUUUCAGUGUACAAACAGUACAACAGGUUUGAUCGUCCGGUCUCAUUUGAAACGAUCGUUUGUGAAAGAUUGCUGCUUUUAUAUAUUCACUGUUCCUCCGUUUACCAAGUUUAUGUCACAGCAUAAACAUGUCCAUCCAGUAUAUCUAGAUUUUAUGUACUAUAUUGUAUUAUUUAUAUAUUUUGAUUUUUUUUUUUUUACAUCUGUGUUGAGUUUAUAUAAUUUGGAUACAUUAUGUGUAUGUUACCAGAGCUCGAUGCUUUUACGAAAUUUGAUAAAAUCGUUUUUUGCAUGGAAAUGUCGGAUACACCCGUAAUAUUUAUUUUUUCAUCUGUGUCGGAUUUGCUAGGCGAGUUUCGUGAGAUUUACGAUUCUCGUUUAGCGAGCCAAUACAGCAACACUGUUAUCACAAUGCAAUUAUUGUUUCAAUAUUUACUGUUGUACACUGAAACGUAUUUUAUUUGUUAAAAUAAUAUGAAUAUUUUAUAUCUCAAGAAGAAUGAGAGUACUUGGCAAAUAUGAUUUCAUUAAAAUCGUACUCACCCCAUUUAUAAGCGUGCUUUAAAUUAUUAGUGAUUCAGAAUUGUUAUCUUGGUGAUGAGCAUAAAUCACGUAAAAGUAAUUUAACGAGUUUUGUGGAUAACAUAAAGAAGCAUAUGGACAAUAGAUAUUAUUUAGCGUCGCAGGAGAAAUACGACCUUAAUGAAGGAGUGACAGUUCUAGUAUAAUUAUCAAAUUCGGGCCAAAUGUACUAGUCCCCUUAAUAGCCCGUUAACAAAAUGCAAUUUUGUUCGCAUAUAUAUACAUGUAUGCAUGUAUGUAUGUAUACAUAUAGGAUCUCAGGUUCUACGUGCGAUCUCUUUCAUCUAUGGAUCCUUGGAGUAAUUUGAAUGUGAUGUCAGGUAUCGAGUAAUUUUUUUUNUUUUUUUUUUUUUUUUUUUUUUUUUUUUUUUUUUU